CUGAGAUAUUGCGUCAUUAGUCCGCGUCGAGUGGUGCCACUGCGGUCUUGGGCGUCAGCGGCGCGUGCAGAGGGAAGGGCUAGGCCGGGUUGCUGGUCUUUCGGCGGUGGCCGUUGCUCCUGGUUCGUGCGCUGGGGUGCGAGCUCAUGUCUUCAGGAAUGCCACCAGAAAACUUUAAAACACCCAGUGGUACUGAUACAGAGGAGAAGGUGAAGUGCAAUGUUGAUAAGGUAGACAUUAAAGAAUUGCCACUGGAAAAGAUGGAGAAUAUUGAAACUAUGUCAAAAAGACAAAGAAAGAAGCUAAUAAAGCAGAAACAAUGGGAAGAACAAAGAGCCUUGCGCAAGCAAAAGCGUAAAGAAAAACGCUUGAAGAGAAAAACGGAGCGCCAAUCUCAGCUGGAAUCAAACAGUGAAGGAAAUGUCAGGAAACGUAUGCGUAGGGAUAUUGUUCCUAGUGCACUUCGGAUUAUAAUAGACUGCAGUUUUGACAAUUUAAUGGAGUUAAAGGAUGUCAAGAAACUUCACAAGCAAAUUCAGAGGUGUUAUGCAGAAAAUCGUAAAGCACUUCAUCCUGUUCAGUUUUACUUGACCAGUCAUGGAGGCCAGCUGAAGGACAACAUGAAUGAAACAGACAAGGGAUGGAUAAAUUGGAAGGAUAUUCAUAUUAAAUCAGCUCAUUAUAAUGAAUUGGUGAAAAAGGAAGAUCUUGUUUACCUUACCUCAGAUUCUCCAGAUGUCUUGAAUGAAUUAGAUGAAUCAAAAGCCUAUGUAAUUGGAGGCUUGGUUGAUCACAAUCAUCACAAGGGAAUUACAUACAAAAGAGCAAAAGAACAAGGUAUAAGCCAUGCACAGCUCCCCCUAGGAAACUUUGUGAAAAUGAACAGCAGGAAAGUUCUGGCAGUCAAUCAUGUAUUUGAAAUCAUCUUGGCAUAUCUGGAAAAGAAGAACUGGGAAGAAGCCUUUUUUACUAUCUUGCCACAGCGAAAAGGGGCCAAACUGCUGCACGGGGCAACCGAGGUGACCGUUGCCUCCCCAUGCAAGCAGCAAGAAUCAGAAAUUAUUCAAGAUGAAGUCUCUGAAAGCAGCUAAAUGUCAGUGAAAAUACUACUCAUGACACGAGAUAGAAAGCUUCCAACUUUGGAAUUUAUGGGAUGAUGCUAUACCUCAUCUCCUGGUUUCAAGCACCAGAUUUUUAUUACCAAAUUUAAGCUGCAUAUUUACUCAUAAAAUAUUUAAUAGCAUUUAAAUAUGCAAAAAAAACCUGUUGAAGGAGCUUAGAUUUUCAAGGAUGCCAAUAUUUAUUUUCCUUCUUAAUCUUUUAUUUAAUAUUUGCUGGAGACUAUUUGUUUUUUAUUCUGUACCUCACAAUAAAAUGUAAUUAUAAUGCAGUGAACAUUCACUUGAUUGAAAUUAUACUGAAACUCAUAUCAAGUGUAAUGUUUUCUUGUUUUUUUUUUUUCUUCAUGUUUGUAAUAUUUGAUUUAUUCUGAACUUCACAACAGAAUUUUAAUGAUAAUACAGUAAACAUUCAUUUGGCUGAAAUCUGUAUUGGAACUCCUGUUAAGUAUAAUGUUUUCUUGACUAUAAUUUUCUGUUUAUAAUAUUUGAGAUCUUUCUUUAGUAAAAGCAAGACAUGAUAAGAUGCAACUGCAACUAAAAUUGUAGAUUAA